AUUUUUGUAAAUAUUCUACGUACACACAACCCUGAUCUCGCGGCGCGAAGUCUAAUUAACGAAAUGUCACUUGAUUUUAUACAUUCGAAGUCUCUUUGUAUACUACGAUUUUGUUCGGACAGCAAUUAGCGUUAUCUGAUAUUUGGAUUCCUUUCAAGUAUAAAUCUGGAAAAUCAAUUGUUCGGUCAUUAUAUAAAUCUUGAUUGUAUUUGUUAUUGUCCAAGCACAUAAAUUCACAGGUAUAUGGACAACUCAAGAUUGAAGAAAUACAAUGCCACCACCAUUAGUAGCUACACCUCGGAAGUUACCAAUCUUUGUGUUUCCACAAAACAUUACAUUUUAUUUAGACGAUCAGUCUACACACAAACAAGUGUUAACUUUGUAUAAUCCAUAUGAUUUUCCUGUAAAAUUUAAAGUUUUAUGUACUGCACCAAAUAAAUAUCAAGUGGUAGAUCCAGAAGGCAUAAUAAAAGCUAGUUCCUGCGUUGAUAUUGUUGUCAGGCAUACAGCAUUGUUGACAAAUAACUGUAAUAUAAUUGAUAAAUUCAGGAUACAUAUGCAAGAAUAUCCUACUAAACAGGUGAUUGGUAAACGUGAUGUUGAAGCUAAACUUCUUCCUGGAACAACAGAUACAGCUGGAAGAUCAACACCAGAUCCAGAUAUGUUCCAACAGCUUCCAAUAAAUGAAAAUAGGCAACAGCAAUCUUAUACACUUAUAACACGAAACAAGACAAUAGAUAGAGGUACAAAUUAUGUAGCACUUGUCACAGGAAUUAUAUGCAUAAUUGGAUUGCUUCUACCUACUGAAGGAGAACAAAGUCAUAGGGUGCCUGAUUAUCUCCAUCUUUCUGUGAAUUUUAAAUUGAUAUUCUCAUUUGUAUUAGGUAAGCAUGAAUGUGUAUGUGUGUGUGUGUGUGUGUGUGUGUAAAAUAUUACAAUUUUAAAUUUAUUUUGUUAUAGGUAUGGUUGCAAAUAUUGUUUUAGGGUUAUAAAAUCCUCAGCUUUUUAUAUAAAAAUCUUUGUAUACAGGAUAAAAUCAUAGGAUAAAAACAAUUAAUACAAGAUUUUUUCAUAUUGGGCCUUCUUUUUUAUGGAAUACACCCAAUUCUAGUCUAAACUUCGACAUUAUAUCGACCAAGAUACCAAUAUUUCUUUAUCAUA